GGAACAAAGCCGUAGUGCUUAGUCAUCACUACUACCUUCUUCCAUGUCUACCCAGGAGGAACAGCUGAUCGAGCUCAUGCUCACUCUCAAGAACACGACGCCGGACCAGGCUCGUAGCAUUCUCGCAUCUACACCCCAGAUUGCGUAUGCACUGAUCACUCUCAUGGUCAAGAUGAAUGCAGUCGACGUACAAGUACUCCAAAAAACGGUCACCGCCUAUUCCACGAACGUCUCCCCUCCACAACCUGCCAUUCAACCAGUCUCCGCCGUGCCCCCUCACCUCUCCCAACAUUACAAUCGUACACCAACUCCACAAACACAUACUUCAACCCACUACAACGGGCACGGACAUCCGCCUCAACUACAGCCCCAACCUCAGCCUAUCGCGUUCACAGGUCAGGCCGUGUACGGCGGUGGCCCCGAUCCCGCAACAGGGUAUGGCGUGCCGCCACCGCAACAGCCCUCGAUUUUACCGGAUGCACUUGCGUCUCUGCCAGAGGAGCAAAAGGUCAUGAUCAUGCGCGUCGUAUCCAUGACACCCGAACAAAUACGCAUGUUACCCCCGUCGGAACGAGCAGGCGUCAUCCAAUUACGAACAACACUCGGGCUGCCUUCAUAGUCGAACGAAAGGGUUCAGAUGAGAUGCAGACUGCACGAGUUGACCGUCAUGUAUAAAUUGUAUGUUAGGCAUAGCCGGAUAGUCAUCUGCUACAUAAUCAUUGGUGCAUGAGUGUGAUUUCAGUCACCUAGCGUGUGGGGGUGGGCACCGGGCUUCUGAGUGAAAGUGAUAUCCAGGGCUCUUGAGUAUCGCUUUCAUUCGGAUGGAAGAUGCUAGUGGGCCUCGGGUUUUGGACAUGGCAAGGAUGGUUGGAGGAUGCAAGUUUUCGUGAGUGCGCGUAC